GCGAGGCUGAACGCCUGACGUCAAGGCGACCCAGCCAAACCUCGCCCAGAGUCAGGCGUGGAACGAGCCGGAGCGGCGGCAGAGGAGGAAGAGGAGGAAGAGGAGGGAGGUGACGGCGGCAGCAGCGGUAGCGAUAGAGGCGGCAGCAACGACAACGACAGCGACAGUAGCCCGGCGACCCACCCGCCUUGGCGGUUGGAGAGCGGAGACGGAGACGCCGAGAGAGAGCCCGGCUCUGCGGAGGGGGUCCUCCGGGGGACUCGGUGGCAGCGCCCUGAAUACUGAAGUGUGUUGACUACAACCUUCCACCAUGCGUGAAUACAAGCUAGUUGUUCUUGGUUCGGGAGGUGUUGGGAAGUCUGCUUUGACUGUACAGUUUGUUCAAGGAAUAUUUGUUGAAAAAUAUGAUCCUACGAUAGAAGAUUCAUAUAGAAAGCAAGUUGAAGUAGAUGCUCAACAAUGCAUGCUUGAAAUCUUGGACACUGCAGGAACGGAACAAUUUACAGCAAUGAGAGAUUUAUACAUGAAAAAUGGACAAGGCUUUGCAUUGGUCUACUCCAUCACAGCACAGUCCACAUUUAAUGAUUUACAAGAUCUUCGAGAACAGAUACUUCGAGUUAAAGAUACUGAUGAUGUGCCAAUGAUUCUUGUUGGUAAUAAGUGUGACUUGGAAGAUGAAAGAGUUGUAGGUAAAGAGCAAGGACAGAACCUAGCAAGACAAUGGAACAACUGUGCAUUCUUAGAAUCUUCCGCUAAAUCAAAGAUAAACGUUAAUGAGAUCUUUUAUGACCUAGUACGGCAAAUUAACAGAAAAACUCCAGUGCCUGGGAAGGCACGUAAAAAGUCGUCAUGUCAAUUGCUUUAAUAUACAGAUGCAUUGUAGCUCUGAGCCAGGUCUGAAGAACUGUUGCCCAAUUCAACAGUGCCAGCAGCAUUCCAACUUUAAUUAAACCUACCAACAUCUUAAACGGACUUUCCUGUGGUGGUACCCUUUAAGAAGUGGAUGAAAGCUACUAUUAUCAGUUUGCACAUUCUAAUCACUUUGCAGUGUCACAAGAGAUUUUUACUUAUAGUAGUCUGAGUAUGCAACUGGUAAAACCAGAGGCUACAUCCAGUAUUAUUGCUAAGAGACAUUGUUCAUCCACCAAUGUUGUACAUUAUGAAAAUGUUGUACUGUAUACUUUAACAUGCCCCAUGCUUUUUAUUGGAGAGUACAAUAAUGUAAAUUCUAAAAGCACCACUAUUUUAGCAUAAUAAAAGAAAGUCCAAAGAGCUCCUAUAUAGACUACUCCAGAUAACUUUGCUUCUUUGAUAUUUGUAGCUUAUUGUAAUUUUUUUUUUAAAGAAAUACAAGGUCAUCAUCAUUGUACAAAAGCGCUUUGAUUAACACAGCUAUAUAGUUUUUUUAAUUUUUUGAAAAACCUGUGGAGACAGUGAUCUUGUCUUUAAAAAUAAGAUAGUCCUCUCAGUAUAAUGUCUUAGAUAAAAGACGUUGCCUUUAAUAUCUGUUGGGAAGGAAAUGUCCAGACUUUUCAAUCUUUUAUUGUAUGUUUCCUUUUUGUUUACAUAGGGAACAAUGUUUAUAGUUGUGUGUACAGUGGGGGUCUACAACAAGAAGUGUAUAUUUUCAGAUAAUUUUUUAAUGAUUUAACAAUUUUGUAAAUCAUUUCCAGGCUUCUGCAGCUGUAGAUUCUCACUGUGAAUCCCUUGCUUGCUCAUGCAUAAGUGUAUUUGCAAUACCAAAUAUGCAGGUUUAGUACUUUUGCCUGUUAGUGAUUGUUUCACAUGUGUAACGUUUUGGUUGAGAUGUUAAAUGGUGGAAGAGUACUGUGGAUGUGAAUGUGGGAAGUAAUUUUAAUCAUGUGUAAUUGGUCACAGGGCCUAAGUUGCAGUAACUAACUUUUUGCUGAUUUAUUUAACAAUGCCUUGUUGCUUUGUAUGCAUUUAACGUUUGGGUGUAAAGAUCGUGUGUAUAUCCAACAGGGAGCCACAGUAUUUAAAUUGACCAACCUAAUGUUACAACUACUUUGAGGUGGCCAAAUGUAAACUAAAAGCCUUAAUUAAAGUGGUGCAAUUUUGUAUAACUUAGCAUCAGUAGUUCAAUAAAUUUGGAUUGCCAUGCAAGGGCUUGCAUUAUAAUUAUCUGCCACUUGAAUGUUUUGUGUAAUGUUUUAACAGUGCUAGUAAAUAAAUAUGGGUUUAACUUUUUUAAAUGUAA